AGAUUAACGAUGAGAUUAGUUUAGGUGAGAGUGGUUUGGAACUCUUAUAUAAUGGGCGAAGAAGCUGGUGAAGAAAAAAAAAACACAGAGUGAGGUUGAGAGUUAAACACCACAGAAAAACCAGAGAGAAAAAGGAAAAGUGAGUCGAGAGUUUGUGAGAUCAGAAGUUUUUUUAAUUGUUGAUAUAUAUUUUUUUCGUAUUUCAAUUAUUCCCCCCCUCUGUAACAUCCCGCUUCUCUGAAUCCCUUUCUGUUAAUCAUCUGUCUUUCCAAGUUCUGAUUUUUGGGUUUGUUUUGGUUAUUUUUUUUUUCUUUUUCAAUUCAACUAAGAAAAAAAAAAGAAGCAAACUUUGAAAAGAUUUCAAGAAAGCCAGGUGUUUUCAGAAUCGAGAUCCAGGUUUAUUGUUUUUAAUUGUAACUUCUGGAUUAUACCCUUUUCUUUUGGUAAAUUCUAGUUUCUUUUUCUUUCUUUUCAAAUUGGCUAAGAGGGUUCUUUUUUUGGUUUCCCUCAAGGUUGUUAUUUUUCUUUUAGGAUAUUUGUGUAGAAGACGAGGUUGAGUAUUAUAAACCUCUUUAUUCAGAGAAAUUUUUAAUUUUUCUGAAAACCCAGUACCUGUUCUUUAAUUUUGGUUAAGAACCAGGUCGAUUUUAUCUUGAUUUGAUUUUUUUUUUCCUAUUAUUAUUAUUAUUGUUAUUAUUAUUAUUAUUAUUAUUAUUAUUAUUAUUAUUCUAAUAUUUUAAUUUAGUAUGGCAGCUGCAAUGGAUUUCUACAGUAGUAGACCUAUUCAGUCAGAUCCCUUAAGGGGUGAGCUAAUGGAAGCACUUGAACCUUUUAUGAAAAGUGGUUCCCCAACUAUCCAAUCACCUGAAUUUUCUUCUUCUUCUUCUUCACUAUAUCUUCCUUCUACUUCUUCUUCUUCUUCUUCUUCUUACCUUUCUUUCUCUCCCUCGGUCCAAACACAGCCCGGUUUCUUCCAAGAUUGUUGCUCUACUUCGAAUACCCAAGUGUUUUCAAAUGGGUUUUCGAACCAGAACCAGAACCACCUCGGUUUCGAGCAGCAACAACAACAACAGCAACUUGGCUUAAUUGGACUCAACAGCCUAACCCCUUCUCAAAUCCACCAGAUCCAAGCACAAAUCCAGUUCCAAAACCACCAACAACCACAAUCCCAUAUGGGUUUCCAGCCUAGCCACCAUGGCCUCAGCUUUUUGGGACCGAAACCUAUCCCGAUGAAGCAAGUGGGUUCUCCACCGAAACCCACAAAGCUUUACAGAGGGGUUAGGCAACGGCAUUGGGGGAAAUGGGUCGCUGAGAUCCGUCUCCCUAAGAAUCGGACUAGGCUUUGGCUUGGCACCUUCGAUACAGCGGAGGAAGCCGCCUUGGCCUAUGACCGUGCCGCCUACAAGCUCAGAGGUGAUUUCGCUAGGCUUAAUUUCCCACACCUCCGCCACCAGGGCUCCGCCGAGUUCGGUGAUUUCAAGCCUCUUCACUCCUCCGUCGAUGCAAAGCUUCAGGCCAUUUGUCAAAACCUGGCCGAAUCGCAGACGCAGCAGGGUAAUAAAAAGAAGGCAGACAAGUCAACAACUACGACGGCUGCCUCCAAGAGAUCGGCUGCCGCAGCGGCGGCGAAGAAAUCAUCGCCUCCCCCGGCACCGGUUGUUUAUCAGGAGUCGGAAAUUUGUUUGAAAGCAGAGAUCAGUUCCUCAUCGCCGGCGCCGACCGAGAGUGAUGGGUCAGCUGGAUCUUCUCCUUUAUCGGAUUUGACGUUCCCAGAUCAGAUGGAGUCGCCAUGGGAGUACAGUGUUCCGGAGAAUCAUAUGCUGGAGAAAUAUCCUUCAGAGAUUGAUUGGGCAUCUAUUUAUCUUGAUUCUUAAAAAUAGUAUUUUUAUGUGUCUUUCUUUGAUGUAAUCUCUUUUAGUAUUUAGUUUCAGGGUAGAUUUCUUUCUUUUUUCUUUUAGGGUUGGGGGUCAAAUGGCUACUGCAAUGAAUUUUUGAACAGUUGCAGAGCCAUAUUUCAAUUGGGUUUCUUCUUAUUCUUAUUAUAUUAUUGUCAAUAGUGAUGUAAAUCUCCACCAUGGUUAGCUGGUUUUUUUCUCUUGUUAUUCCAUGGUAGACUUAAUUAAGAAGCUUUUGUCUAUUAUUAUUAUUAUCAUCUACUCUGUACUCUACUAUUGUACUGUAACUUUGUUUGUGUUCAUAUAUAAUUAUAAUAAUUAUUAGUUUUAGUUCUCA